AUGCCCUCCCAGCUGACGCAGCAGCAGAUCACAGAGUAUAAGGGAGUCUUUGAGAUGUUUGAUGAAGAGGGGAAUGGAGACGUGAAGACGCAGGAGCUGGAGAGACUCAUGAGUCUAAUGGGAAUCAACCCGACCAAACGAGAGCUCAUUCAGAUGGCCAAAGAAGUGGACAAGGAGGGUAAAGGAGCGUUUAACUGCGACAGCUUCUUGGCCCUGAUGGCGUUGCACCAUGAACGCACAAAGAACCAGGACGCUGAACUCAGAGCGGCCUUCAAAGUGUUCGACAAAGAGGCCAAAGGAUACAUCGACUGGAACACACUCAAAUAUGUCCUGACAAACGCCGGAGAGCCGCUAAAUGAGAUAGAAGCAGAGGCCAUGAUGAAAGAAGCCGACAAAGAUGGAGAUGGGACCAUUGAUUAUGAAGAAUUUGUCGCCAUGAUGACUGGAGACCUGUUCAAAAUGAGCUGA